GACAGAGCGCAGUCGUACCAACAGAGAUCACACGUUGUCCGAUCACGCGAAUUGUGUGUAUAUGAUGGAAGCAACUUCUGCCAGAAUGGCUUCCAGGAACCAGUACCAGUUCGACGGCUUUUCUCCCCCUCGAUCGACCCUACAACGCUACAUAUACAAUGCCUGCGACCCGGUCGCCAACCUCGAACCCAAUCUAGCUUUGAACCUCGAGAUUGUCGACCUGGUCAACUCGAAGAAAGGCAAUGCACCUCGUGAGGCUGCCGUCACCAUUGUCCAACUCAUCAAUCACCGCAACCCCAACGUCUCCCUGUUAGCACUUUCCUUGCUCGAUAUAUGUGUCAAGAACUGUGGAUACCCGUUCCAUUUACAAAUCAGUACCAAAGAAUUCCUCAAUGAACUCGUCCGGCGGUUUCCUGAAAGACCUCCUGUGCGGCCGAGCCGGGUCCAGAGCAAGAUCUUGGAAGCGAUUGAAGAAUGGCGGCAAACGAUAUGUCAGACGUCGAGGUACAAGGACGAUCUGGGGUUCAUAAGAGAUAUGCAUAGGCUGUUGCUGUACAAAGGCUAUAUGUUUCCAGAGGUCCGGAGAGAGGAUGCUGCCGUACUCAACCCAAGCGAUAACCUCCGCUCUGCUGAAGAGAUGGAAGAGGAAGACCGAGCAGCCCAAUCCGCGAAGCUACAGGAGUUGAUCCGACGAGGGAGGCCACAAGAUUUACAAGAAGCCAAUCGUCUUAUGAAGGUGAUGGCCGGCUAUGAUACAAGAAACAAGACAAAUUACCGGGCAAAGGCAGCCGAAGAGGUCGCAAAAGUACAACAGAAAGCAAGGAUCCUGGAGGAGAUGCUACAAAACCACAAGGAAGGUGACAUUAUGGGGGAUGGAGACGUCUUCGAAGAGCUCGCUGCGGCACUUCAGAGUGCACAUCCAAAGAUCCAGAAAAUGUGCGAAGAGGAAUCGGACGAUGCAGAAGCAGUUGCCAAACUCCUCGAAAUCAACGACAGCAUUCAUCGGACCAUUGAGCGAUACAAAUUGAUGAAGGCAGGGCAAGUCGAGGCCGCCAACAAGAUUGCCAAAGGUACACUGGGGACCACGACUGGCGUGGGCAAGAAUGCUGCAAACGAGUUGUCCUUGAUUGAUUUCGACCCGGAACCUUCAGAUGCACCGACGGCGUCGGAUACGAACGGGUCUCUUUCACUCCUCGACGCUGGAACAACGGCACCUGCGCAAACACAAUCCAAACCACAUACUGUUGAGGAUGACCUGUUAGGUCUGUCUCUAGGAGACAGCAGUUCUGGACCAGGAUCUCUAGGAGCCAUCUCACUUGGACAAAGCACAACAUUUUCAGCACCGUCUGGAUCUAUUUUCUCCAGCGGCCCGAAUCCUCCUCCGAGUCAACAGCCCCUGCCUCAAGCCUCGCCUAAACCGAACUAUGACGCCUUCGCAUCUCUCACCAGUGCUCUGCCGUUGUCGAAGCCAGCGACUCCUGUACCUAUGGCGCAACAGCAAAGGCCGGCAAGCCAGGCACCUGUCGACCCCUUUGCGUCGUUAGUGUCUUCGAGCUCGAGGCCUUCAACACCGGCCCGACAGGCAAACACUCAGCAAUCAAUGCCUCAGUCGAUGGCGCCGAAACCAGCUAAUGUGGCGGCACAGGCGGAGGAAGAAUGGAACUUUGAAUCUUCCUUACCUGAAAGUUCCCUGGUCAAGGUGUUGGCGUCCUCCAUUGAAAUUGAUUUUGAACCACGACGACCCGCAGGUGCUGCACACAUUCAGAUAACCGCGAGGUUCUCCAACACGACCCACCAGCGCAUUACUGGCUUGCAUUUCCAGGUGGCAGUAGAAAAGAGCUAUUCGCUUCAACUCAAACCACAAACCGGGCGCGAGAUGGCACCAAAAGCACGCAAUGCAAUCCAGCAAGAGAUUCUUCUCAAUGGUGUUCCUGUAGGCAGAGGAAACGGGGUCAAGAUGCGAUUCAAGGUAUCCUACGAACUGAACGGGCAGCCACAAGAACAACAAGGAAAUGUGCCGCCAUUAGGCAUCAAUUAGCGCGGAGAAGCGUUCCGGAGAUUGUAGGGAAGCAUUACGCGCCGGCUUGAAAGGCUGCGGGCCUCGAGAGAGAUUGGGACUUGACACAUCCGUAGCCAUGGUCCAAGCACCCAACUAUGAAAUGUUGGAUCUUUCGUCAAUAUGCAAUUUUGUCACCGCCGCAUCGCUUCUUAAUUAA